AUUAAUUAAAAAAACAACAUGUUUUCUUUCUAGGUUUCCAUGGCAUAUGAACAUGGUGCUCGAGGUGUAAUCUUGUACUCAGACCCCGCAGAUUACGCGCCAUAUGGCUCCAACUCCUGGUGGUUACCUCCUGAUAAUGUACAGCGAGGUUCUGUUUAUCCCGGGCCAUCCUUUGGUGAUCCUCUUACCCAUGGAUUACCCUCAAUACCCGGCAUGUACCGUAGUCCACGUGAUGAUGUGAGUCUGCCAACCAUUCCUGUGCACGUCAUCACUUAUGAAGAAGCUGAACAACUUCUUCGCAGAAUGAAAGGUAAGUUUGAUUAUAAUCCAAAUUAUCAACUCUCGCUUUUCAUAUUUUAAACAACUUUUGCCUGAAACUGUCGCAUGCAACCUGUUUACAUUACGGAAGUGUAACGCAACGUAAUUUUAUGUUGCUUGCCCGAUUGGGCAAGUUACCUUGCCACAAAAAGCUGGGCAUCUUUAAGUUUAUGUUUUCAUUGUCGGAUAAUUUUUUUAUAGUGCAUGUACUUGAUUCAAAUUUUGUUUUUUGUGGGGUAUAACAUAGCCAUAUAGAGCAGUGAGAGAACGGGUCGACAUGUUGUCCACUUAAUUUACACCCCCUACCUAGCUACCCCAGUGGCCAUUGUUUGAUGGCAGGUGAAUUUUAUUCAGCGCAAUAAAUUUUCAUGUCUAACUUGCCGUGAAGGCAAGUGGUCAAGAAAAUAAAGUUACAUCACUGCUUACAACCUGAGCUGUACUGUCUAAAUCAAGUUCACAACCUAACUACAUUGUCGUAGAUGAGUUAUAACUCCAUUUGCACACUGCAAAUCAAGUUAUAAGCACUUUACAUGCGACAGUUUCAGGCAAACAUGUCGACCCGGUAAUCAAGUGAAACCAUCGAAAAUUACAAUGAACCAUCAAUCUUAUCGUUUAAACGACGAUUAUAUAAUUAGGUAUAAAAUUGAUGCUAAUACUGAUACUAACUUUGUAAAUAGUCUUUAUUUAUUUGUUUAUAUAUAUUUGUGUUUCAUAGCUUAGUAUAUUGAUAGAUACACGGCCCUUUGAAAACCAGUUUUGUAAAUAAUUAUCCACUGAAUAGGCUACCGUGUCUAAAGAAUUUUAAUUAAUAAAGAUUAAACGUUGUGUAGUGCAAAUCGGUUUUUUGCCUCAUUUUCAGUCUUGGGGCAAUUGUAAUUAUUUUUAAAAUGUGUUAAAAUAAGUGUAUUUGUCAAUAUUCAGGCCCUGAGGUCCCAAAAGAAUGGAAAGGUGGUCUAAACCUGACAUAUCGUUUUGGUCCAGGUUUCCAAGAAUCAGGACUUCGCACGAGAUUAGAAGUAAAUUCUGAGAAUGUUCUUAAGAAUGUUUCGAAUGUCAUUGGUACUAUAAAAGGAAGUUUGGAACCGGACCGUGUAGUUCUAAUUGGUACACACCGUGAUGCUUGGGUUAAUGGAGCUGUAGACUCAGUCAGUGGUACGGCAGUGAUCAUGGAGUUAUCACGUGCUGUGGGCGUGUUAUUGAAAUCAGGUUGGCGCCCGCGACGUACUAUAAAAUUCUGUAGCUGGUCAGCGGAGGAAUAUGCGCUUAUUGGCUCCACGGAGUAUGUCGAGCAAAAUUAUAAAUUCCUGUCGGACAGAGCGGUAGCUUAUCUAAACCUCGACCUUGCUGUCUGUGGAAAUUUUACACUGAUGACGUACUCAAGUCCUUUACUGAACAACCUAAUACGCGGUGUUGUGCGCAAUAUAAGUGAUCCAUAUGACGACAACAGAAGUUUGUAUGACGUCAUGCUCGAGCGCAAUCCUGCUCAAGGGGGACUGGAACCCAGAUUGAGAACACUUGGAACGUUCAGUGACUACGCGUCGUUCUAUCAGUAUUUGGGCGUCCCGUCUAUUGAUUAUGGCUAUUUCUUUAUUAAUAACAAAAAACAGGCAAGUCCUUACCCUGUAUACCAUGCACUAGCUGAUACUUAUGACUGGAUUAAACAAUACAUAGACCCUGAUUUUAGGCUACAUUUAACACUCGCGAAAUUAGCAGCUACUUUUCUACUGCGUUUGUCUGACGAACCACUACUGCCGAUGAACAGCAUUUCAGAUUAUACCCAAGUACUCAGACUGUCAUUGAAAUACGUUGAAGCCCAUUUUUCUGAAUUACUGCAAAGUCGAAAUAUCUCACUUGAAUUUCUAAGAAAUGCUGUAGAAACGUUCGAGAACGUUUCCUUGGAAUUCGAGGAACAUUUGGCGUCGUACAAGAACGAGAAAGAUUUUAGAAAAUUACGUGUUUUGAAUGAUCAGAUGAUUCAAGUGGAGAAGGCGUUCCUCUACCCGGCUGGUUUGCCAGGAAGACGAGAGUUUAAACAUCUUAUUUUCGCUCCCAGUCUUUCCAAUGUCUACUCCGCUGCCUCGUUCCCAGGCGUGACGGACGCUCUGGCACAAUGCACUCAGAAUGCAACGCUGUGCAGUGACAUUGAAUUUCAAGUAUCGCUUGUGACACAUAAUAUACAGCAAGCCGUGGCUAUGAUGAAACCGAUUUUGUAGUGUUGCGUUUUGUGAAUAAUUCUAAGUUACAGUAGCUUACUAAGUAGGGUGUAGUAUUUGAAUAUAGCUGGGUUGCAAUGAACAUUACGGAUCGGAUUUACACUAUCAAAGUUUCUGUGAUCACAGUAAGAAUUUUGCAUAUAGGCAGACAUUCCAGCUCUCCCGAUUUUACCGGGAGUCUCCCGAAAAUUCAUGCAGUCUCCUGGUCUCCCGAUUUUUAUGAAAUUCUCCCGAUUUUUCAGAAUAUUCAGGAAAUAUCGUAAAAAAUCAUAAACAUAGUGUUUUUAGCACCAUAAUAGUCUGUCUUGACCUUUUUAUGAAGUGACUUUAUGCGGCAAUUUAUAGGAUCACUUAUACUCCCAAAAUGCAGGAAACGCCAUUUCAGAAGACUUAAUUUUUAUUAUUUUUCCCAGAAGAACUAGAUUUCAAUUCAUUGAACCAGUCUCCCUAAAUUUUACCUCCAGUAGUUGGAAUGUCUGCAUAAGUGAGUUGAAGAGUUGUUAGAAAUGUUUAAGGGAAUUGACUCGGUAUUUAACACUGAGUCCCCUCAAACAUUUCUUACAAAUCUUCAAAACUAGCUUAGAAUUUACCUUAUUACCCAUGCAAAAUUCCUACUGUUAUCACCGAAACUUUGAUAAUGUAAACUUAGCCUUUUAAAUACAAUAGGAGUGAAACAAAUGAAAUUAUCUCUUUCAAUCAGGGUUUAUUUUAAGAAAAAUUUAGAACUGCACAUAUAGUGAUGUUACGAAGGCAACAGGAGCGAAGGCUCUUAGUUCUGGCAAAGAUUUGUUCACCCAACCACUCACAAAAACUGUUUCAAAACAUGUAACUGGGAAUCAUGGAUAUUCAAUAAAUAACAACCGUAAAUUUGCAUUUGAGGCAGCAAUGAAUAUUAGGAGUCCUUCCCCAGAAAACGUUUAUAUUUUUGAUGCUCAAUUAACAUGAUGACAGCAAUUCUGGAAUUUUCUGGAGCAUCCUCAAGGGUAACGAGUAAAUGAGAAGACUGUUUUAAGGCUAUAUUUGUUAGUUUGGUGACUGCACAUUUGUGUUUUAAGAACUGCACAAAUGGGUUUAGUACUGCACAUUUUGUGUAGAACUGCACGUUAAAAUAAACCCUGCUUUCAAUUCUGCCAAAAAAUAGAAAACUACUACAUUUCUCACUCUGAUAAUUGCAAGUUUGACCACCAUCAGCUUUACGAUAGUGCUUUUUAUUAGGAGAGGCAGGGAUCAACAUCAAAUUGAAAAAAAACUUAAUUCAAAAUGUUGACUGUUCUUUAGUCUUUCAAUUUAGUCUUUAGAAAUCAUAAAUUUGAAUGAAUUCUACUUAAUUUCACUAGUUCAUGUUCUUUCGUAAUUCAUUUUAAUACUGAUGUAACAUAUUUAAUUAAAUGUUGUAAAAAUCUUAGUUAGAAAAGACAAUGAACGCUAGGUAUUGUUCGUAUGAUCGUGUACAUACUUAAUUUUUGAGUCAAAACUUGGAUAACUUGUGCUCGUGAAGUACUGUUUUGUAAAAUCAUUUCUCACAAGAAAU